AUGGCCUUGAACGUUGCGCUCCGUACCUCCCUCGCACGCCAAUCGACGGCGUACGGCUUCUGGCUUACCGUCCCCAGCGCCCCCGUCGCCCGAACCAUCCUCCGCGCUGCAACCGCCUCGCCGGUCGAGGCUUUCAGCUGGGUCCUCGUCGAUGCAGAGCACGGAUUGAUCACAGACAGAGACUACUAUGACCUCACAACAGCGAUCGCCGCAGAAGGCGCCAGCCCCAUCAUCCGCGUACCCUGGCAAGAAGAGUGGAUGAUCAAGCGUGCUCUGGAUUCUGGCGCUCAUGGAAUUCUGACUCCUAUGUGUCACUCAGUGGUGAGUCAUGCACUUCUUCCUGAGUGA